AUGGGUGCGACGCCUGGGCGGCGGACCGGCUCCGUCUCCGCAAGCCACCCCACAAGCCCCGAGUCCGUGGCCGCGACUCCGAGCGUCCUCGGCAUCGGCUACCUAGGCUUCACCUCUUUCUCCGGGAUCUACGAGGAGACCCGGCAUAAUCUAAACCGGCUUCAGUCCUCCGGAACAGCUCCAAUCAGUGAAAUCGGCACGACCAACUACUGCGGCUUGGAGUGCUCUCCGCCCCUGACGCCUCAAGCUCUCGAGACAUGCCUCAACAUCCUCCGCCACGUGCCGAACCGGGAAGCCGGACUGAAGUUAUGGGAUAGCCAUUCGAGCCCGAGCGACGGCUGGAUUCGUCCCGUUGGGCGGCGGAUCAUGCUCUCUCUCUAUGAGGCCUUCCCACGGCACUUCAACAGCGCUACGCCAGUGAGUGACAGGGAGAUGGAGGCUCUUGCGCGUACCAUAUGCGCCAAUACGGCGAAGCGCAUCAACGACGAGGAAGCGGACCCGGAGAAAUGGGUCGCUCAGCUUACUGGGCCGAACCUGCGAUGGGAGUCGCUUGGUGUCGUCUUCGUGUAUUGGGAGCUCGCGGCGAGAUAUCUCGGGCCGUAUCGGCCGGACGUGGGCAUGCAAUUCGAGUCCGUGGACGAGAGCACCAAGAUAGUGAUGAGAUACCGGUAUUGCAUAGGUGCAUGCAUUGAGCUGACAAAAGCUGCCGGUAGCGGAGGAAACACACUACUCCUGUUCAUGUCCGUAAGGAGAACAGUCAUUGAGUCGCUCUUUUCUGGCGAUGCCGGAUUUGCAUGCUGGCAACUGCACUCCGAGACCGUGGCGCUGACCACGUUUCUCGGCUUUCAUGCUGAGGUCGACACCGAGCCAUACGUGCCGACCAUCGGCGCCGAGAUCAAACGCAAGGUCUUUGCGUAUAUUUUCUACAUGGACAAGGUUCUUGCAUCGUUUUCCGGCAGGCCGCCGUUGAUGAGCCGCAGAUAUGCACGCACACCCCCGCCCCUGGACCUCAAGGAUGAGCAUCUGCUCUCUGACAAAGCCACACUCGCCCGCCAUGUAGCAAACCUUGACGAGAAUGGGUGGAACACUGAGGGCGGAUUGUAUUCCGCGACCUUCAUCCGCGCCCGUGUAAUGCUUGCUCGCAUUCGAGACGAGUUGUUCGAGAUCGCUCUUGGCCAUGGCUCAGUGACAUCCGUUGAGACUGUUUUAGAAAUCAAAGAGAGGCAAUUGAGAACCAUUGCUGGAUUUCCGCCGAUUGUCGUAUUCAAAGAUGAAGACAUUCAAGAUCGGAAGAUUGACGUAGCCAUACUCUACAUACGACUCAUCGUGUACCUGGAGCAUCUCCAGAACAUGUUCUUCAUCGAGAGGCUUCUCGUGAAGCGCGGACAUGAUGAUGGCGCGUUGCUAGCAGUCAGUUUUGAGAUGGUUUCCAAGACUCUCCUGUUCUGGACAAACAUGGACCGCCUGUCCGUGAUGAAUGGUGACUUUGAGUGGCUCGUAAUGGCAUAUGCCGCUCCCGGAGGCGGCAUCCUCUGUCUUGAGCUACUCAAGCCCACUCUCCACGGGGGCAACCACCCCCAGAACCCCAAGUUGACUCGCUCAAGUAUAAUCCAGAAACUAAGCCUGCUCGUGGGCUUUCUCGACUGGGUUAGCCCAACCGCUCCGAACGGGGAUCUCUGUGCCGACUGCAAGGUAAUUAUUCAGCACGUCCUCGACCAGGCCCUGAACAACCCGGCCGCCGCAGCUGCAGGCGCGUCUGCCUCCGCAGACGGCGGAGUUGGGCUCCCCGCCGGUUUGGAUUCGAUGGACUGGGACUUUUCGACACAGCUGGACUUCAAUUUCGACCUGCUGGACACCUUUGACUGGUUACGGCCGGACGUGGCUUCGGUCCAGCAAGCUUGA